UAUAACAAACCUAGUGCAAGGUUUCUUCUUCCAUUUUCUUGUUUUCGGCUAAUCCUUAGACUCUAACAAGAUCAGAGCUUUUCUCCUAUCGGAGGAAAAUUGAAAAGGCCCAAUGGCUGCCAACACCCCUGCUGGAAUAGACAAAGAGCAGGCCUUUGGCAUGGCGGAAACGGAGAUGGAAUAUAGGGUAGAACUAUUUAACAGGCUUGCACAAACAUGUUUCAACAAAUGUGUUGACAAAAGGUACAAGGAAUCUGAGCUAAACAUGGGUGAAAAUAGUUGCAUUGAUCGCUGUGUUUCAAAGUAUUGGCAGGUGAAUGGGAUGAUUGGCCAGAUGCUCAGUGCUGGUGGUCGGCCUCCAAUGUAAAACACUAGCAUCCUCCAUCCUAAGUUAUGUUUUUCAUGAAAUGCAUGGUCUGGGGAAAGGUGGAGAUUGUAAUACAACAUACGUUUUUAAUGACUUUCCAAAUUACAUUUUUUUUCGACA